UCCCCUCCCCUUCCUCCGGCGGCCGGAAAGCGCGGCGCGUCCCGCGGCCAUGGAGUACCUGCCGGCCGCCGCGGCCCCGGCGCCGGGACACAUCCUGUGCUGCCAGUGCGGCGUCCCCAUCCCGCCCAACCCGGCCAACAUGUGCGUGGGCUGCCUGCGGGCCCAGGUGGACAUCACCGAGGGCAUCCCCAAGCAGGGCACGGUGCACUUCUGCAAGCAGUGCGAGAGGUAUCUCCAGCCUCCAGGAACCUGGAUCCAGUGUGCCCUGGAAUCGAGAGAGCUCCUGGCUUUGUGUCUGAAGAAGAUCAAAGCUUCCCUGAGCAAGGUCCGGCUGAUUGAUGCAGGAUUCAUUUGGACAGAACCACAUUCCAAGAGAAUCAAGCUCAAACUGACUGUUCAGAAAGAGGUGAUAAAUGGGGCAGUUCUGCAGCAGGUGUUUGUGGUGGAGUACAUUGUUCAAUCUCAGAUGUGUGAAGACUGCCACAGGAUUGAAGCCAAGGAUUUCUGGAAAGCUGUGGUGCAAGUCAGGCAGAAGACUGUGCACAAGAAGACUUUUUACUAUUUGGAGCAGCUGAUUUUGAAGCACAGGCUCCAUCAAAACACACUAAGGAUCAAAGAAAUCCACGAUGGCCUGGAUUUUUAUUACUCUUCCAAGCAACAUGCCCAGAAGAUGGUGGACUUCCUUCAGUCUACAGUUCCAUCCAGAUCCAAAUCAUCCCAACGUUUGAUCUCCCACGACAUUCACAGUAAUGUCUACAACUACAAAAGCACUUUCUCUGUGGAAAUUGUUCCCAUAUGCAAGGACAACGUUGUGUGUCUGUCACCCAAGCUGGCCCAGAGCCUGGGGAACAUGAGCCAGAUCUGUGUGUGCAUCAGAGUGACCAGCACCAUCCGCCUCAUCGACCCCAGGACUCUGCAGAUUGCUGAUAUCGAUGGCAACACCUACUGGCGCCACCCCUUCAACAGCCUGUUCCACCCCAAGCAGCUGGAGGAGUUCAUCAUCAUGGACAUCAACAGGGUCCAUGAGAAGAAAAAAGGUGCUGGGGCAGGGGCUCGAUCACUCAAGCACACUCUGGCUGAAGCCUGGGUCAGGAAAACCUCGGAGCUGGACACGGAUCACCAAUAUUUCUGCUGCACUCACCUGGGGCACAUCCUGAAUCCUGGGGACCUGGUCUUGGGCUUCGACUUGGCCAACUGCAACUUAAAUGAUGAAUUUGCCAACAAGAUGAACCCCCAACACAUUCCUGACGUGGUGCUGAUCAAGAAGAGCUACGACCGCUCCAAGCGGCAGCGCCGCAGGAACUGGAAGCUGAAGGAGCUGGAGAGGGACAGGGAAGCCACAGACACAGAUGAUGAAAGACAAUACCAGGACUUCCUGGAAGAUCUGGAAGAGGAUGAGGCCAUAAGGAAAAAUGUCAACAUUUACAGAAAUGCAGAUAUUCCAGUGGAGAGUGACACAGAUGAUGAUGGAGCUCCACGGAUCAGCCUGGCUGAAAUGCUGGAAGAUCUCCACAUUUCCCAGGACGCCACUGGAGGGGAGGGGGCAGAAAUGCUGACAGAGAAUAUCCAUGGAAAAAUCAGGAUGUGCCUGUGCUGAAGGUGAGACUCCACCUGGUGUCACUGUUCCUGCACGGCCCAGCAGCUGCUCCCUGCUCCGAGGAAAAGGUGGCUGAAAACUCAGGAAAAACUCUGGAUGCUCAUGCAGUUCUUGGCAUUUAAAUUCAAAAUAACACUGAGCUAAAGAAAAAUAAGACAAAAACUGCUUUGAACUUGGUGUUGGAGGAUUUAAUGUCAGCAAACUACUCCUUCUGCAGGUUGAUCUCAACUCAGGGCCAGCUGCACCUCCCAGAGCAGGUAAAAGGAGUGAGGGAAUUGGAAAUCCAGAGGCAUUUGGGAAUGGUUCCUGGAGCUCAUUCCAGGAUAUAAUCAUGGAUCAAAGAAUCUUGUUGCUGUCAGAAUCUAUUUCCUUCUAAAUACAAGAUGGGAACCUGGUUAAGCCAAGUCAGAAAGAGGAAAUGAAGUUUAAGACUUGUCAGGCUUUGAGUUCCACGACAAAACCAAAGCCUGAUGGUAAAGCAAGAAACUGAAGGGAUUGUGUGCAAUUUAAACAUUCAACUUCCUAAAAUGAGAGCAUUUUGGAUGACAUAAAUCCCCAACAAGGACUGAAAAGCCUUGAAAGCCAAUUUUAAACUAAUUUCUAGUCAGUGAGAUCUGUGAGAUGGAAGGAAACUCCUGAGGCUGUGGUGGUGUUUGCACACCCUGCCGAGGGUCUGUGCUCUGAGGAUGGGGUUUCACACCUUGAUCCCUGGAAAAAAAUACUUGGAAAAAUAUCUAAAUAAAUCCCAUUUCAUAUCCUAUCUCUGCUCUAUGCUGGAAAUGUCAGCAGUAGGGGAAGGAGGAGUUGGCUGUCUCAGGGAGACUGGAACUCAACUGUUGCAUGAAGCAGUUUCAGCUGAGCAGGGAAGUGAAGCAGAAACUUGCAGCCGAGCAGGACAGAGGAAUUUCAGGUCAGCUCUGGAAAAGCAAACGGAUCUGCUGGAAACUCCCCCCUGCUCUGAGCAAAUCCCUGCGAGAUGGAAAUGCCCUGUGGGAUGCAGAGGCCAGGAAGUGCUGACAGGUUCAUUCUGCAAGCAGGAUUUUCAGGUCGGGCAGUGGAGAGCAGAGAUAAGAACUGCAAUUACACGUGGAAAGAAAGCGAAGUGCAGCUGUAGGAGUGCAAAACAAUAACAGUAACAAGGAGGAAGAAAUUAGCUCAGAAAGCUUCUAAAAACUCCUGAAGUGAUCAGCAGCAGAGGGGCUAAAAUUCCACAUGAGCACAACCAUCUUUAGUGCCUUUAGGAAGUGUAAACUCUUUGGAUCAAUAAAAUUAAAGAUUAAUGGGA